ACCGAAACUCAUCAGAAAUGUUACAUAGAUCAUGGAUCAUACGUAUCAUCACAGGAUAUAUAGGUUUGUCCAUUUUCUGAAAGAUAAAGCGGGAGACGUGCCAUCACUUUCUCCGAAACUCCUCAGAUACAUCAACAUAACGUAGCACGUAUUACAUGUUACGUGCAUGUGCAUAGUCAUACAUACGCACAGUACAUAGUACACCAUACCCAUUCGUGCCGCAUCCGCACGUUUGUAAGGUUAACGCGUUAAUUAUAGCACGAUGCGGCGUCAUUUUAAUAUAAUUUUCGAAUUGUUGGCUUAAGACGUCGAACUCUCGAAACCUCUUACAACUCGUAAAUCAACUAAAGAUCGAAACAAAACGAAGCGAUGUCGGAUAAUAGAAAGAAUUCGGAAUCAUUAGAUGAUUUAGAUUGGGUUCGUUUUCGCGAGGACUUGUACAAAGGUGUCAAAGUUGAAACGUUCAGUGAAAAGUUUGUACGCAAAGUAUCUGAAAAUCCUGCAGUACCUUUAGGUACUUUGGCCACUGUAAUUGCUCUGUCUCUUGGUUUGUACAACUUUCACAAAGGAAAUACAGUGAUGUCUCAAUAUAUGAUGCGUGCUCGCGUAGGAGCACAGGCAUUUACUAUUUUGUCCAUGGUUGCAGGAUUUUUACUUGUAGCAAGGAAAGAAAAGAUUUAAUGUGGUCCAUCAUUUAGUCGUACGUUUGUCGACUGUCAGGUGACAAGCGUAUUAAUUGCAAUGUUCUCGAGGAACAUUUAAAUAGGAAGAACAAGUCAGUAUGUGAACUGUAUAAUAUUCCGCUGAAUAAUGCUAAAAAUGUACGAUGUAUAAAAGUUUUUUUUCAUUCGGAAAGGAUAACAUUAUACAGGUAUAAAAGUCUUAUUGACAAAGUA